AUGGCAGCUCUGCUCUUGAUCUCCCAAAGCCAGAACCAACUCCGAGGGCCUUCAGGUGGUGACUGGCUGAUCAAGCUGGUGCCUGGGGUCCGCGCGACAGCCCCGCCCGUGGCAGUCCCCUCCCGCGACGACGGCCCCGCCAGUGACAAGCCCGCCGCUCCAGGGACCCCAGCCCCUGGGCGGAAGGAGACAGCCCUGAUCAGAGCCCAGGCCACCGUGUUCCCCCCUGUGGAGAAGGGUGGGAGCCAGGCCUCUGAGGCUCCGGGCCUGCCCCUGGAGCUCUCAGCGCCCCUCCUGCUGCGGCACCUCCGUGGGCUCAGUCGCCCAUGGGUGACAGGACCCACAGGGGCCAGGGCAGGGACUGCUGUAGCCUGGGUCGGGAUUUCUCUGCCUUUUCGUGGCUGUAUAAUAUUCCGUCGUGUGGACAGACCACAUUUGGUUUAUCUACUCAUCUGUCAAUGGACAAGCGGGCUGCAGGGCCGGCUCCCGGGCCUCCGGGUCAAGUACGUCUUCCUGGUCUGGCUGGGCGUCUUCGCGGGCAGCUGGCUGGCCUACGUUCACUACUCGUCCUACGCUGAGCUCUGCCGCGGGCACAUCUGCCAGGUGGUCAUCUGUGACCAGUACCGCAAGGGCAUCAUCUCAGGCUCCAUCUGCCAGGACCUGUGCAACCUGCACCAGGUGGAGUGGAGGACCUGCCUCUCCUCUGUCCCGGGCCAGCAGGUGUACAGCGGGCUCUGGCAGGGCAAGGAGGUGACCAUCAAGUGUGGCAUUGAGGAGAGCCUGGACUCGAUGGCGGGGGCAGAUGCGGCCCCCCGGCGGGAGCUGGUGCUGUUUGACAAGCCCACCCGCGGCACCUCGAUUAAGGAGUUCCAGGAGAUGACCUUAAGCUUUCUCAAGGCAAACCUGGGAGACCUGCCCUCCCUGCCCGCGCUGGCCGGACAGAUCCUGCUCAUGGCCGACUUCAACAAGGACCACAGGGUGUCCCUGGCUGAGGCCAAGUCAGUGUGGGCCCUGCUGCAGCGGAAUGAAUUCUUGCUGCUGCUGUCCCUGCAGGAGAAGGAGCACGCCUCCCGGCUGCUGGGCUACUGCGGGGACCUGUACCUCACCGAGGGGGUCCCGCACAGCUCCUGGCCCGGGGCCGCGCUCCCGCCUCUGCUGCGCCCGCUGCUGCCACCUGCCCUGCACGGGGCCCUGCAGCAGUGGCUGGGGCCCGCGUGGCCCUGGCGCGCCAAGAUUGCCAUCGGCCUGCUGGAGUUCGUGGAGGAGCUGUUCCACGGUGCCUACGGGACUUUCUACAUGUGCGAGACCACGCUAGCCAACGUGGGCUACACAGCCAAGUACGACUUCAGGAUGGCUGACCUGCAGCAGGUGGCGCCCGAGGCCGCUGUGCACCGCUUCCUGCGGGGCCGCCGCUGUGAGCACAGCUCGGACUGCACCUACGGGCGCGACUGCAGGGCGCCCUGCGACACGCUCCUGCGGCAGUGCAAGGGCGACCUGGUGCAGCCCAACCUGGCCAAGGUGUGCGAGCUGCUGCGGGACUACCUGCUGCCCGGCGCCCCCGCCGGCCUGCGCGCCGAGCUGGGCAAGCAGCUGCGCACGUGCACCACGCUAAGCGGGCUGGCCAGUCAGGUGGAGGCGCACCAUUCGCUGGUGCUCAGCCACCUCAAGACCCUGCUCUGGAAGGAGAUCUCCAACACCAAGUACACCUGA